AGGUCAUCACUCUACUAAACAAAGUUUUUUAAAAAUGGCGAUCUUGCUCUGUUUCUUCUUGGUUUUGCUUUUUACUCUCGUAUCAUCAAACUUUCUUAAAAAGAUUACAAACUCAAAGUUUAAUCUUCCUCCAAGCCCUUCAAGUCUUCCAGUCAUUGGAAACUUACACCAUCUUGCAGGAUUGCCUCACAGAUGUUUUCAUAACCUCUCUAAGAAAUAUGGACCAGUGAUGCUUCUCCGUCUCGGGUCGGUUCCGGUGGUUGUUAUCUCAUCGAGUGAAGCAGCUGAAGCAGUUCUCAAAGCUCAUGACUUGGAAUGUUGCAGCCGACCAAAGACGUUAGGGACAGGAAAAUUCUCUUACGGUUUCAAAGACAUCGCUCUUUCUCAAUACGGUGAGUAUUGGCGGAAAAUGCGGAAACUCGCAGUGAUAGAGCUUUUUAGCCUCAAAAGGGUUCAAUCGUUUAGGUAUAUCAGAGAGGAAGAGGUUGGACUUGUGGUGAAGAAAGUGUCUGAAUCUGCUUUGAGACAAUCUCCUGUAGAUUUAAGCAAAACCUUUUUCUCACUCACCGCAAGCAUCAUUUGUAGAGUAGCUUUAGGACAGAACUUCAACGAGGAUGGCUUUGUUAUCAAUCAAGAAAGGAUCCAAGAACUUAUUACCGAAGCAACAGAAGCUAUAGGGACUUUCACUUUCUAUGACUUCUUCCCUGGUGCACUUGGAAGAUUCCUAGAUUGGUUGUUUCAACGUCACAAGAAGAUCAACAAAGUCUUUGAAGAGCUUGAUGCUUUUUACCAACAUGUGAUUGAUGACCACUUGACACUAGAAGGAAGGAAAGACCCGGAUAUUGUUUCCUUGAUGUUGGAUAUGAUCGAUAAACAAGGAAACGAAGAUUCUUUCAAACUCAAUAUUGAUAAUGUCAAGGCUAUCCUCAUGGAUCUAUUUCUCGCGGGGGUAGAUACUAGUGCUGUAACAAUGAUUUGGGCGAUGUCUGAACUUGUUAGAAACCCUAGAGCACUGAAGAAAGCUCAGGAAAAGAUUCGAACCACCCUUGGGGAGAAAAAGGAAAUAAUCACUGAAGAUGAUCUAGGCAAAGUUGAUUACUUGACGCUCAUAAUCAAGGAAACAUUCAGACUACAUCCAGCACUUCCAUUUAUACUCCCACGAGAAACAAUGUCUCACGUCAAGAUCCAAGGCUACGAUAUUCCCCCGAAAACGCAAAUUCAAAUUAACGUAUGGACAAUCGGACGUGACCCCAAGCGUUGGACCGACCCUAAAGAGUUCAUCCCUGAACGGUUUACUGAUAGUUCGGUAGAUUUCAGAGGACAACAUUUUGAGUUGUUACCGUUUGGGUCUGGUCGGAGGAUGUGUCCCGCGAUGCCAAUGGGUGUUGCUACCGUGGAGCUAGGAUUGAUGAAUUUGCUUUACUUUUUUGAUUGGGAAUUGCCUGAUGGAAUUAACUUUGGAGACAUUGAUAUGGAAGAAACUGGUAAUAUCUCCAUUGUCAAAAAAGUACCUCUUCAACUUGUGCCCCUUCAACGUUAUUGAUAUGGAGACCAAAAAACCAUGGAAAGUCCACGAGCAUGAAACGUAUGAUUUUCUGGUAUUGUUGAGUUAUGUAAGAAUUGAUAUUUGAACAAAAAUAUAUAUCAGUGUUAUGAACUAUUAGGUAGAUGUCCAUAUAGGUUUACAAGUCCGUUCUUAAACCCUAAUGUUGUAUCACUAUAUAUAUGUGUACUACCUAUGGAAUAAUAAGAACAACCAAUUUUCUCUC